GCUGCGAGCCGGAGCCGCAGAUGCAGCAGUCGGAGGUCGGCGGGUCUCCCAGCGUUCUCCUGGUGGAGGCGUUUUACGGUGGCUCUCACAAACAGCUGAUCGAUCUGCUGAAGGAAAAUGUCCGCGACUGCUCCGUCUUCACGCUGCCCGCCAAGAAAUGGCACUGGAGGGCGAGAACGGCGGCGCUGUACUUCAGCCAGACCAUUCCGACCUGUCCGUCAUACAGAGUCCUUUUCAGCAGCUCGGUCCUGAACCUGUGCGAGCUGGUGGCCCUCAGACCAGAUCUGGGCCGACUGAAGAAGGUCCUGUACUUCCACGAGAACCAGCUGGUGUAUCCCGUCCGCAAAGACCAGGAGAGAGACUUCCAGUACGGAUACAACCAGGUGCUGUCAUGUCUGGUGUCCGACGUGGUGGUGUUCAACUCGCGCUUCAACAUGGACUCCUUCCUGUCCUCCAUCUCCUCCUUCAUGAAGAAAAUCCCGGACCACAGACCCAGAGACCUGGAGCAGCUAAUCCGUCCCAAGUGCGUGGUCCUGAACUACCCGGUCCAGUUCCCUGACGUCAGCAGACUCCUACCCGAACACAAACUGGCCCGCCGGCUCGCCGAGGCGUCUCACACCGACGGUGACGCCAUCAAGCCGCAGGAUGAGCGGUCCGAGGAGGAACCGGGCGAGUCCCGGCAUCAGCCGGGGACGGUUGAGGGACCCGUUCAUGAAGAGGAGUCUGCAGAACCGGUGAAGCCGCUGCACCUGGUGUGGCCUCACAGGUGGGAACACGACAAAAACCCCCAGCUGUUCUUCAACACUCUGCUCAAGCUGAAGGAGCGCCAGCUGGACUUCCGUGUGUCGGUGCUCGGGGAGACGUUCACCGACGUGCCAGAGAUCUUCUCCUCCGCCAGACGUCUGCUGGACUCUCACAUCCUGAACUGGGGUUUCCUGUCCAGUAAAGACCAGUACCUGCAGGUUCUCUGUGACGCCGACGUGGUCGUCUCCACCGCCGACCACGAGUUCUUCGGGGUCGCCAUGUUGGAGGCGGUCCACUGCGGCUGUUUUCCGCUGUGUCCAAAGGCGCUGGUGUACCCGGAGAUAUUUCCAGCGCGGUACCUGUAUGCCACCCCCGAGCAGCUGUGUAAGCGGCUGCAGCAGCUCUGCAGGAGACCCGACAUCGCCCGCAGACACGUCGUCACGGUCGACACCUCCUUGUACUCCUGGGCCGCCCUGGAGCAGCGUUUCCUGACUCUGCUGGCAGAUCAGGGUCCCUGAAUGCAUCACGGCCACGGCUCCGGGUUUGCCUCUGGACCGUCGGGUCGGCCCCCAGUUCCGGUCCUGGUCCCAGUCCGGGUUCCCAGUAGUCACUGAUUGUACAGAUGUUUGUUUUGAAGCAAAACAUUCAUGUUUUUAAUAAAAUCAAAUUUAAA